AUGGUUAUAAGCGAUAGCACGAUGUCAUUCAAACAUAGUUUGAGGGACUUUUCUGAAUAUGUUCUGACUACUGAACCUACAUCUGGUAAGUCCGUGAAACUAGCUCCAUCCGUAGUAACAGACAAGCGGCUACUGUACAAGGUGAUGCUCAACGGGGUCGAUUGUACCCCGGACAGCAUUACUCACUCCUCGUACGCUACGCUAGACGAAUCCCUGACUCACGCAGCUUUUGAGGGAAAAUCGAAGUCCAGAAGUGAUGCAGUAAUUAAAUUCUCUAGGUCAAAGUCCAUAGCAGGGUUGGGCGGCACGGGAGUUUACGCCACUACUAUCAACCUUGACGACAUCGAAAUCGAUCACACACUUAAUACUGAGGAGGGUUUACAAGCCGACGACGGUCAGCUUUCCUUGGCGCCGUCUGCGUUUUAUUUACCAAAAAUGAAUCCGGUUACGUCGUACCCGCCAGAAAUACUUGUCACGCUCAAAGAAACUGAAACUGUUUUCUUGGUUUCGUUGCCAAGUUUAUCAUGCGACAGGGGAUCAGCGGAAGGACAAUUAGUCGAGGCCGACAAUGCAUUCUAUGAGUUUAUUACAUUUGGAAAAGGAAGAAAUCGAAAAAUGGUUAAUCAAGAAACUCAGACCAAUGCUACUACAACACUCACCAGGCACACCCUCGCUACAAGGCCAGAGAAGAAGAAUGCCAUAUCAUUCGCUUCGAUGUGGGACAUGCACGAUACUUACGCGCAAAUUAAAACGACUCAAGAACAAGAAGAGGAAGAUGAGAUGGUGAUGUACCAGUCUGCAGCGUCCUAUAUGUUAAGAAAAAAGAGAAGAUUGCUGAUAGAACCAGGGAAAGGAAAGGCAAAGACAUUCGAAGAGAUAGGAGCUACGCCGCAAUACAUGGAUGCGGUGCUACUGACAGAACGUGUACUGGCUUCCUUGGAGUAUUCUGCGGCCCAAAAGAAGUUUCGGGGGCUUGUCGCCGUCGAUCCGUUAUCAUUAGAUUUAGUUUACGUUUAUACGUUAACUAACUUGUGGACAUUCGAAUGUCAGGAGACUUUGAACAAACCAAUAAUAUAUAUAACGUUUAAUAAAAUGUGUCCAAACCUUUGCGCAACAGCUCAUGGCAAAUUUGGCUAUGCAGAUGUUUGCAAAGGCAUCGUUUGUGUUUGGUGCACCAAAAACCCACGAAAACCAGAAAGACUUUAUCAUUUUGAAGUUCCUGUCACAUCUGUAGGCUUCUCUGAAAAAAACCCCAAUUGGUUAGCAUGUGGGUUUUUUAACGGUGAUGUCAUAAUACUAGAUAUUACUUCAUAUUCUCCAAAGAUAAUAGCAAAAAGCAAACGUAACACAAAUCCCUGCUUCGAGCCAAUUUGGAUUGUUAGCUGGCGAUCUUUCGACAGAGACAGCGAAUUUGUAAUGACCGCGAGUCAAGACGGAAGGAUCCGUAGAUUUAAACGAACAAAAACACACGAGUUUAUCAGUACGCCUAUGAUGCGCGUGUCUGCCGUCGAAGGCAAACUGAAGGGACUAGAAACUACGAAACCGUGUCCUAAACAUGACGUGCCCAUUACUAGAUACCCCGCGGUGCUGUGCAUGGUAUGGCACUCCACCAUAGACCACUGCUACCUAGUGGGCACGGACGAGGGCUGCAUCCAUCGGUGUUCCAUGCACUACCUGAACCAGCACAUGGACGUGUACCGCGCUCACGCGGGCCCCGUCACGGACAUGUGUUACUCACCCUUCAUGGACUAUUUGCUGGCUUCGUGCGGCGCUGACAAUGCUAUUCGACUAUGGAUAGAAGGCAUGGACGAUGUUAUAAUGACGUUGACCUGUCAAAGCGCAGUUAACGGAAUAACGUUUUGUCCAAAUAACUCGACUAUUUUAAUAUCUGCUAGCGGAAAUACAUUGUCGGUUUGGGACUUACGUCGCAAGACGCACAUGCCGUGUGCCGAGUACAACUUCCCUGGAGACGUGACGCUGACAUACAUUAGUUUCGAGAAAUCCGGGCUCAAUGUUUUUGUCGGAGACACGUUUGGCAGGCUGCAUACGUUACAUCUGUCGGAUACGCCAAUACCGCCAUUUAAUCAGAAGAAACUAUUGGACGAGGCCAUAAGAAAAGCUCUCUGUACCCGGCCAAAAAUGUUAAAGCAACUCGAUAAGCUCCUCAGGUUCAGAGCCAGUAAGGUUCCAAGGAUGUAG